CAAGUUCGCUUCGGUCAUUUACUAAAUAAUUGCAAGCUAUAGUAGGGAUCGGUUAGGGAUCGUCGGGAUAACCACGCAGCAGAACAUGGCAUCCGAGUCAUUACAUUUGACAGUUGCAGAUGGAAAACGUGAUAGCGCGUAAUUGCGUCAGUUGAAGUUUACGGAGUGGUGUGUACUUCGCGGUACUUGCUUUAAAGUAGUUGCCGCAUAACAGCAUUACGGUAUUGCUCUGAUUGGUGUCCUCUUAUAUGAAGUUCCAAUGGCUGCAUAUUCGAGAAGUACAAAAGUGCUAGCACACGUGUUACGAUGCUCACUUCAGUGGUAUGGAAGGAGAAGUAUUGUAUCUCUAUCAUCUCUACCAGAGACACACCAAAUGCUGCAUAAAACAUGCAGAGAUUUUGCUGAGAAUGAGUUGAAACCAUUGGCUGCUAAAUUCGACAGAGAGCAUCUCUACCCCAAGGAACAAAUCCGAAAAAUGGGUGAGCUAGGCUUGAUGGCCGUGGAUGUUCCAGAGAACCUGGGAGGUUCAGGGCUGGAUUAUCUUGCGUAUUCUAUAGCAAUGGAGGAAAUUUCUAGAGGAUGUGCAUCUACAGGCGUCAUCAUGAGUGUUAAUAACUCUCUGUAUCUGGGUCCUAUACUUAAGUUUGGAACAGAGAAACAGAAGGAAACUUUCAUUCCCCCAUUUGCUGCUGGUGAACAAAUUGGAUGCUUUGCUCUCAGUGAACCAGGCAUGCAGCAGGAGAUAAGAACAAUCAACAGCAGCAGACAGGAAGCCAGGAAAAGAAAGAAAGGUUCAGGGUUGAUGGAUGCUUGGAGAGGGCAGAGUCAGUGUCCAGAAAACGGCAGUGUGCGUGAACCUAUGUGGCCUGGUGGAGGACCCGUCUAUAAGAGUUGUUUCCAGCAAUUUUUAAGGGAGCCAGUGAGAGGUUUUCAUAACUUGCUUAGACAGAAGCCAUCCUCCCUCUUCAUGUUAUUGGUUUGGAGGUCAAGUAGUGUCGCCUCCCUAAUGCCAAGAGGUAAUGGAAGUGAUGCAGGGGCAGCAUCUACUGUGGCACGACCCAGUGAUGAUGGAUGGACAUUAAGUGGAACGAAAUCUUGGAUUACUAAUGGUUAUGAAGCGGAAGCCUCUGUUGUCUUUGCUACUACAGACACAUCCAAGAAACACAAAGGAAUCAGUGCUUUUAUUGUGCCAAAAUCUGCCACAGGCUUGUCAUUAGGUAAGAAAGAAGAUAAACUUGGUAUCCGUGGAUCAUCAACAUGCAGUCUCAUAUUUGAAGAUUGUAGCAUACCAAAAGACAACCUUUUGGGAGAGCCUGGCUUGGGUUUCAAGAUCGCCAUGAUGUCACUGGAUGCUGGUCGGAUUGGUAUUGCUUCCCAGGCAUUAGGAAUUGCUCAGGCCGCACUGGACUGUGCUGUUGAGUAUGCCUCCAAACGAAAUGCCUUUGGGUCUCCCAUUCUCAAACUGCAAACCAUACAGACAAAGAUUGCUAACAUGGCGCUACAGAUCGAGAGUGCAAGACUUCUAACAUGGCGUGCUGCUGCUCUCAAGGAUUCAGGGAAGCCCUUCUCAAAGGAAGCCGCAAUGGCCAAAUUGGCUGCAUCAGAAGCAGCAACAUAUUCAGCUCACCAGUGCAUCCAGGUGUUGGGAGGUAUGGGUUAUGUCACUGAUAUGCCUGCUGAGCGCCACUACAGGGAUGCACGCAUCACUGAGAUAUACGAGGGAACGUCCGAAAUUCAGCGGCUUGUCAUAGCCUCAAAUAUUAUUAAGGAGUAUGGAUACAGUUAAAUGAAUGAGAAAUAUGAUUACAUUGAGUCUUGUGUAGUUUCAAGUCUUUGAAUCACAACAAGAGUAACUAAAACACUAUUCUAAAAGUAUUGAGCAUGAAACUAAAUCAAGUAUGAAAGAGGAAAUAUGUUAAAAUAAGCAAAGAUGAAAUGGAAUUAAAACCAGUAUUACUCAGUUCUAUUGAAGUGAAAUUCAGCUUUAAUUCGUGUCAAAAAGUAAUGUUCUCCAUUUACUGCAUAAUUCCGCUCUUAUACAUUACAAAUGAUCAUGUGAAACGCCUUGAUUUCUAUUCUAUGCAAAGUGUAUGGAUCAUGUAGAUCGUUUUUCUCAGCUCUGUUCUUGGAGUCAGGAUAGCGCAUCAGUAUAGCAACAGGCUACAGACUGGAUGGCUGAAGUUUGAUUCUUGGCAGGGAAAGAGAUUCUUUCUUGUCUCUACAAUGUCCAGACCACCUCUGGGGCCUACUCAGCCUCCUAUCAAGUGGGUACCAGGGUCUCAUCUGGAGGUAGUUGUCAUUGUCUAGCUUUGAGACUUACCCUGUUCAGGUUAUCUGCAUUUUGGCUUGUUUCCUUCAAGCAGUCUUGCAUGUUCUUUGUCAGACUGUGACUGACGGUGUUUCAGUUUGUAAUAACAAAGGCUGUCUUUGGCUGAAAUCUUGGUAUUUGUCUAAGAGUUCACUAAGCUCUGUUGAUGUUCACAACGUCGCCACUGUAACUACCACCUAAGAUUUCCAAAGCUGUGAACUUGUUUCAGAUUUUAAUCUGAGACCAUUCUUUACCUUCUGUCUCACUUAAUUUUUCUCCAUAUCAAACUUCUGCAUUACUUGCUUGUUUACUGACAGUUUCCCUAACUUUUGCAACCACCAGAUAGUGAUCGGUACCAGUCAGCUCUUCCAAAAGAUUAGGCAUGAUGUAUACUUCAAUGCUGCCGCCUAUCAAAAUGUAAACAAUCUGUCUCCAUCAGGAGAUGUUCAAGUGAAUUUAUGAAGGCUAUCAUAUAAAAACAUCGUACUCUUAACAAGUAGACUUUUGGAUGUGACAGUGUUUACUACUGGAAUCAUUACUAAUUUACUAAUUAUUAAUUACUAAUAAUUACUAAUCAUUACUAAUUACAUGUAAUCUCGUAAAUCCUGUCUCACAAACCUAUGGGCCUCCAGGACCUGUUGCAGGGCUAGCUUUACCUUUUACCCCAUGUUGUGGUGACAUGGGGUCCAUUUGUAAAACACCCAUUUCCUGAUCUCUGGCUUUCAUACAAUACUUAAGAGUGCUGGGAAACUGAUAUAGAAAGGUAGUUGCUUGGGCAGAAAGAUACAGCUCUUAAACAUCAUUCUCAUCAUCUUCAAAUUUAUUAGCACAGAAACUCUAUUUACUUUUAUAAUAAUAAUAAUAAUACUAAUAAUAAUUAACAACACUGCUUAAGGCAUCACUGCCCGUUAUACAUAUCAAUAAUUAUUCAUUCAUUUCCCUUACUCUGACAUCACACAAUUACCCCAAGGGACGUUUAGUGAUCUUCUGGUGCCAUACAUCACUAUCUAUGUAUGUUCUAAUUUAUAUACAUGUGCAAAUAAUUACACCAAUUAAUUUAAAUGUUAAUUGGUUUCACUACAUACAUCAUUAUUUUAUUACUGUAUCUGUUGAAAUCCUAGUUUUUGACACAUUGACUAGAUCAAUGCUAUAUUGGUUUAGGUUUCCAAAUUUGAGAACUUAGCUGUAUGAACCACAGGCACAGAUAAAUGUUAUGGAAUGGUAAACUUUGCUUCAUUUCUUAUAUUAUAUAGAUGGUGCCAGGACUGAAGAUGAUGUCUAUAGGAACAGAAACCAUAAAGAUUGGUGUGACAAAAUACAAUAUAUAGAUUUUACAGAAGUAAAGCCACACAUAAUUACUGUGUCUUCAAGACAAUUGAUGUUACUACACCAUUUGUUAAUUCACACAAAUAUGUAUGUAAGUGUAGUACAGCUCAUACCAUGAGGCACCUUCACAUUUAUUUUAUUUACAGCAAUCUAAAACAGCCACAUUUAACAGGAAGACGGGGAAGUUAAGGCAUAAUGGAAAGUGAAAUUUUCAUCUACACAAUGGAUUUAGUGGCAAAUGAAAACUUUAGUUUCUUUUUCCAUAUUUUUUAUUUGUAGGCUCUUUGUUAUAUGGCCUCUGUCAUUUAGUUUUAUAUGCCUCUUGAGCUCUCCAUUCCUCCUUGUGGCAACAGUAUUCUGUUCUCAAUUUCAUAGACAUCAGAACUACAGAAUGUUUAAUUUCAUUUAUCUGUAUUAUGGGGUUCCUUAAAUAAAAUUGUUAUACUGUCACUUGAGAAGAGUAGAAUUAAAUGAAGCAUUAUGCUAAUA